AUGCGCCUUAUCCCGAGAGAGCUUGACAAGCUCACCAUCUCGCAGCUGGGCUUCCUGGCGCAGCGACGGCUUGCGAGGGGAGUCCGCUUGAACCAUGCCGAAGCGACGGCGUUGAUAUCGUCGAACCUGCAAGAAUUGAUUCGAGAUGGGAACCAUACGGUGGCGGAUCUGAUGGCCAUCGGCAAGACGAUGCUUGGUCGUCGACAUGUCCUGCCCUCUGUCGUGUCCACCUUGACCCAGCUGCAGGUCGAAGGCACUUUUAUCUGCGGAACUUACCUGGUCACCGUCCACAAUCCCAUCUGCUCGGACGACGGAGACCUGGAGAAGGCGCUGUACGGUAGCUUCCUGCCUGUGCCGCCAGAGGACCUGUUUCCGGAGCCGGAGCCGGAGGAGUACCUGCCUGAACGCAUGCCGGGAGCCGUCGUCGUGGUCAAGAAAUCAAAGAUCGUUCUCAGUCCAGGACGCAGGAGAAUCAAGCUUCGAGUGACCAGUAAAGGAGACAGGCCGAUACAGGUCGGCUCGCAUUAUCAUUUCAUCGAGACCAAUCCGCAGCUCGAGUUCGAUAGGGCUCAGGCGUAUGGCUUCCGUCUGGAUAUACCCGCAGGAGCAUCCCAUCGAUUCGAGCCAGGAGAAUCCAAGACCGUGCAGCUCGUUGAGAUUGCGGGACACAAGGUGAUUAAGGGAGGUAACUUCCUGGCCACCGGUGUAAUCAAUCAUGAUAACCAGGAGAAGAUUCUAAGCCGUAUUACGGAAGCUGGUUUCCUCCACACUCCAGAACCCCGGGUUGAUGCCCGCUUGAUUAAACCGUAUACCAUGUCCCGCGAGGCUUAUGCACGUACGUAUGGUCCUACGACUGGUGAUCUGAUCAAGUUGGCUGCUACGGACUUGUGGGUGAAGGUGGAAAAGGAUCUCACCUCCUACGGCGAUGAAUGCACCUUUGGCGGAGGGAAGUCGUUGAGAGAAGGUAUGGGACAGGCCACCGGUAGGCAUGCACAUGAAGUUCUCGACAGCUGCGUUACCAAUGCCGUCAUUCUCGACUGGACUGGCAUCUACAAAGCAGACAUCGGUAUCAAGGACGGCCUCAUCGUCGGAAUCGGCAAGGCAGGGAACCCAGACGUCAUGGAUGGCAUCACGCCGGGAAUGAUCAUCGGCUCAUCUACUGACAUCAUUGCCGGCGAGAGGAUGAUCGUCACCGCAGGCGGCAUCGAUACCCAUGUUCAUUUCAUCUGUCCCCAGCAGGUUGACGAAGCACUCGCGUCCGGCAUCACGACCAUGCUGGGAGGUGGUACUGGUCCGUCCGAAGGGACCAACGCAACUACCUGCACGCCUUCUCCAAACUCCAUUCGCCAGAUGAUACAGUCCUCCGACCCUUUCCCCAUGAACUUUGCUUUCACUGGUAAGGGCAACGAUAGUGAACCAAACGGUAUCAGAGACCAGGUCCGUGCGGGUGCAGCCGGACUCAAGAUACAUGAAGAUUGGGGUGCUACUCCCGCAGCUAUCGAUAACUGUCUUUCUGUCUGUGACGAGCUUGAUGUCCAAUGCCUGAUUCACACCGACACCCUGAACGAGUCAGGCUUCGUCGAGCAGACCAUUGAGGCCCUCAAGGGCAGAGUAAUCCACACUUAUCACACCGAAGGUGCUGGAGGCGGCCAUGCUCCUGACAUUAUCUCCGUGUGUGAACACCCCAAUGUCUUGCCGUCCAGUACCAAUCCAAGCAGACCAUACACACUCAACACCCUAGACGAGCAUCUGGACAUGGUAAUGGUCUGCCAUCAUCUAUCCAAGGACAUACCUGAAGAUGUGGCCUUUGCUGAAUCCCGUAUUCGCGCCGAGACCAUCGCCGCCGAAGACGUCCUUCAUGACAUGGGCGCUAUAAGCAUGAUGUCCUCUGACUCUCAGGCCAUGGGACGCUGUGGUGAAGUCGUUCUUCGAACAUGGCAUACAGCUCAUAAGAAUAAGCUGCAGCGCGGUACCUUGCCUGAAGAUGAGGGUACAGGAUGCGAUAACUUUAGAGCCAAGCGAUACGGUAUGAGCCAUGUCAUUGGCAGCGUCGAGGUGGGCAAGGUAGCAGACCUGGUGUUGUGGAAGUUUGCCAAUUUCGGCGUCAAGCCCAACCUCAUCCUCAAGAGCGGCAUGAUUGCCAGAGCGCAGAUGGGUGAUCCAAACGGCUCUAUUCCCACCAUUGAACCGGUCAUGUCAAGGCCCAUGUGGGGUGCCUUCUUACCAAAUACAUCCAUCAUCUUCGUUUCCCAAUCAUCUGUCGAUGACGGCGUCAUUGAUACCUACGACGUAAAGAAACGGGUCGAACCAGUCAAGAACUGCAGAAACAUAGGCAAAGCGGACAUGAAGUUCAACGACACCAUGCCCAAAAUGAGAGUCGAUCCAGAAAGCUACACCGUCGAGGCGGAUGGAGCGGUAUGCGAUGCUGAUCCAAUUGAAACCCUCCCUCUUUGUCAAGAGUAUUUCAUCUACUAG